AGCUCAUCCACUAACUUAAACAUUGACUCAUAGUUUGAUUCCGCCUUCUUUGCGCUGAUUUCACCCCCUCUCUGUCUCUCUCUCUUUCUCUUCUUCAUCAUCCUUUAACCAUGAGAGCGCGCGGUGAGGGCAGGCGCGCAAUCCAGCUCCAUCCAGCUGGGCCUGAUUGUUGAGCAGCGGUCGAAAUCAAGGCAGGAUGUGAUGACAUCUCCGGUCACUUCUUCAGAUUUUCUCUCCGAUAUGGAGCGUUCUUUGCAGGGUUUCUUUUCAAAUGAUUCCAAAGAAGUCCUCAAUGUUAGCAUGACACUAAAUAGUACUGGAAAAAACAGCAGUGAGCAAUUGACUGAAGUCAACCUUUCUGACAUCCUGGGCCCAAAGCGCUCCCCUUUUUUCCUUCCUGUAACCACUGUUUACAUUCUUAUCUUUGUCAUUGGCUUAUCUGGAAAUGUACUCACAUGUGCAGUCAUUGCCAAACACAAAAAGAUGCGUAACCCCACAAACCUUUACCUGGUCAGCCUGGCUGUAUCUGAUCUCCUUGUGCUUUUGUUCGGGAUGCCUCUGGAGAUUUAUGACCUGUGGCAGAACUACCCUUUCCCCUUUGGCGAAGGCGGCUGCUACUUCAAGACGUUCCUCUUCGAGACUGUCUGCUUCGCCUCCAUCCUCAAUGUCACAGCUUUGAGUGUGGAGAGGUACAUCGCCGUGGUGCACCCACUCAAAACUCGCUAUCUGUCAACUAACCAGCAUGCCAAGCGGGUCAUCACGGUUGUGUGGGCGGCGUCUAUGAUCUGUGCCAUCCCUAACACCUUGCUACAUGGCAUCUACUAUCUGCCUGAGAGAAUGGAGGAGUCGGCUAUAUGCACAGUGCAAAAGCCCCUUUGGAUCUACAACAUGGUCAUGCAGAUAACUACGGUGUGCUUCUACUUUGUGCCCAUGAUGAUAAUUAGCAUACUUUACCUGGUCAUGGGCCUUCAUUUAGGCAGAGAAAGGCGGCAGACCAGCGGGAAGCUGGGUAAAAACUGCAGCAGCCACACGAGAAUGAAAAUCAGCGUGGAGAACGGGCGCAGGAGACAAGUCAUCAAAAUGCUCUCGAUCGUGGUGGCCGUAUUUGGACUCUGCUGGGCGCCUUUCCACAUCGAGCGACUCCUGUGGAGUUCCAUCAGUCAGUGGACCGACUUGAUGCACAACAUUUAUCAGUACGUCCACAUUUUGUCAGGCGUCCUCUUCUACCUCAGCUCUGCAGUCAACCCAAUCAUCUACAGCCUGCUCUCCACACGCUUCAGAGAGAGUUUCCGAGAACUGGUCUGUUCGCGCACGGAGGACAACAGCUCAGUGAGAGACUCACCGCCGUUCUCUAAGAUUUUACUGGAUUCAUCCAUCUCAGGUUCCAGAGUCCGGGCCGAGGGUAAGGACUCCAACGCUUUCCCUUUGUUGCGUCAUAACAUGUCGCUGAGCAUGGACACCGAACUCCUGACCUGUGCAUGUAAAGAGACCGCCUGCAAGACCUCUGUGUUCUAAACCAGACUUCAUUUGGAUCAGUUAAUGAGCAGCUGACGCAAAACCACCAUGAUCCACAUCUGACUGCGGAUGCAAACACUGCAUGAGGAAAAAAGAACUGUGGGCCCCUUUUUGUUCAUUCAUAACCUACAUGCACAAAAAUCAAUUUUUUUAUAGUCACUUGGU